AUGAAAAAAAUUUCCAGAAACUAUAAAUCGAAUUUAUAUGCUGUAGGCCAAAAACUAGCUGAUAUGGAUUUUCGAUUAGCUGCUAUGGAACAAAAACUAGGGGAUAAUGAAAAAAUAUUGACACGUAUGGACGAAAAAAUAGUUAAUAUGAAAUUUCAAUUAUUGGCUGCUGAACAAAAACUAUAUGAUAAUGAAACAAUAUUAACACGUAUGGACGAAAAAAUAGUUAAUAUGGAAUUUCAAUUAUUGGCUGCUGAACAAAAACUACAUGAUAAUGAAACAAUAUUGACACGUACGAACGAAAAACUAACUGCAAUAGCAGAAAAAAGUUUUGUCCUUGAGCAAAAGUUCAAGAUUGAAAAUGAUAAUACAGUUAAACAAAAUCAUGCUUUGAAAUCGAUUGUUUAUCCUCUAAGCAUCAUUGUAUCUAUAGUAACUGCUAUUGACUUUAUCAUACAAAAAAUAUUAUAA